UUUAUCGCGUUGUUUGGACACAGCUGACCGCUGCCUGCUAGAAGAAAUAAACCAGGCUAGGCUAGCAGGACAGAUAGUUAGCAGCGCAUAGAGCAGCAGUACAGUGAAUGUAAACUCAUGAGGACAGCGGAGACAGGACAGGAGCGAGUCUUUCACCUCCAGCGAUGCAGACGUUGAGUGUCGCAGCCAGCUAACGUUAGCGCUGUCCCGACACACAGGGACUGAGCUCCAUGGCAAAACCCAAGCAACGAUAGAUAAAAGGCGACAUCAACAGGAACGGGUUAGCUUAGUUUCAAUGUUAUUGUUAAUUAAAGCCCACAUAUGGUCACAAUGUCCUGCUCUGGAAACCUGGUUUGGGAUGUAAAUAAACGUUUAAUUGGAUACAACGAGCCUAACACCAUCAGGACCAACUAUUUAGGUAGAAGAGAAUUUGUCCAGAGACUGAAACUUGAAGGGACACUGAAUGUACAUGAUGGCUGUGUCAACACUAUAUCUUGGAACGACACAGGUGAAUAUCUCCUGUCGGGGUCAGACGACACCUUUUUGGUUAUCUCCAACCCGUACAACAAAAAGGUCAAGAAGUCCAUACGUUCAGGUCACCGGGCGAAUAUCUUCAGCGCUAAAUUCAUGCCCCACACUAACGAUCAGGAGAUCAUCUCCUGCUCCGGAGACGGCAUCAUCUACUACACCAACACCGAGAAGAGUCCUGAGCACAACAGACAGUGUCAGUUCACCUGCCAUUAUGGAACAGCUUAUGAGAUUAUGACGGUACCAAAUGACCCCUACACGUUUCUGUCGUGUGGGGAGGACGGCACGGUGCGAUGGUUUGACCUCCGCACGAAGACCAGCUGCACUAAAGAAGACUGCAAAGAUGACAUCCUGAUAAACUGUCGAAGGGCAGCCACCUCUAUAUCCAUUUCUCCUCUGGUGCCGUACUACCUGGCUGUUGGCUGCUCUGACAGCUCAGUGCGGAUCUACGACCGACGCAUGCUGGGCACCAGAGCGACAGGUAACUACAUGGGCCGGGGGACGACAGGCAUGUGCGUGAGGUUUGUUCCCGCUCACCUGUCCAACAAGUCGUGUCGCGUGACUUCUCUGUGCUACAGCGAGGACGGUCAGGAGGUUCUGGUCAGCUACUCGUCCGAUUACAUCUACCUGUUCAACCCUAAAGAUGACCAGGCGCGAGAGCUGAAGGGCCCGUCUGAGGAGAGGAGGGAGGAGCUGAGGCAGCCUCCAGUGAAGCGCCUCCGUCUGCGAGGUGACUGGUCUGACACUGGACCCCGAGCUCGUCCUGAGAGUGAGAGAGAGAGAGACGGAGAGCAGAGCCCAAACGUGUCUCUGAUGCAGAGGAUGUCGGACAUGUUGUCUCGUUGGUUUGAGGAGGCCAGCGAAGCUCAGGGCAGCAGAGGAACUCGACCUCAGACACGAGCCAGAGGAACAGCUGUUGGUCCAGAGGGGGCCUCGAAUACUCCAGCUGCCCCUGCCGUUGGCUCCAGUCAGGAGUCCGGCGUCCCAGAGAGGCCCGUGGGCUCAAACGGCCCGGAGGUACCUGCUGGUCCUGUCGCCGCCGCUGCCGCCAUGCCUAAAUCCACUUCCUCUUCCUCCUCAGGGUCGUCAUCAACAGUCACAGCACCUCCUCCUUCCAGCUCCUCAUCAGUGGAGAGCUCGGCCCCUUCCUCCUCCCCCCUCACCUCCUCGCCUGACUCCGAGCAGAGGAGUCAGCCCGACACGGCCGGGACCUCCACCCCCACCCCCACCCCAACGCUCACGCCCACGCCAGAACCCACUCUCUCAGAGUACGGUCCUAAUCGGCUGCCCAUAAGUAUAGUGUGUAGGCGUUUGCAGAGGUUACUUCGGCUGGGCGACCCACCAGGACAGGGUCAGCGAGCUGCCCGUUCUUCUUCUUCCUCUGCAGCCCCUGAGAGACAGUCAGAAAGAGCUGCUACUACUGCUGCUGCCGCUGAGAUGCAUCCCCCUACAGAUUCCCCCUCAUCUGUGGUUAACAAACAGCUGGGAUCCAUGACUCUUGAUGAACAGCAGGGAGCAGCAGAAGCUGUAGGUUCACCUCCUGAUCAACCUGCUUCUGUACCAGUCAGCACCAGCGCUCCCACCACCUCCACCUCGAGCGGUACCAGUCGACCCAGCGGAGCAGAGCCAGUCCUCAGCCUACACUACAGUUCAGAGGGAACCACCACCAGCACCAUCAAGCUGGACUUCACUGAUGAGUGGAGCAGUAGCACAUCCAGCUCUUUGGGCAGUGGAGGUCCCAAAAUAUCUGAGGCUGUGGCUGCACAGAGCAGAGAGAGUCUGUCGACGGAGAUUUCAGUGUCAGAGCAACCUCCCUCUGUGUCCUCGGGGCAGCAGAUUGUCACGGCUGCCUCCACAGAGCCGCCAUGUGGCGCCUCCUGCUCCAGUGCUGCCGGCAGCUCGUCGGCUCAGGCCCCAGUGGCGAGCUCCUCUCAGGGGGACACUGUGACUUCUUCGGCGGUGGAGAGGAGUCAGCCGGAGGGUAUGGAGGACACUUCAGGAGGCUGCAGGAGAGCGGAGCCCAGAGCGGAGGAGGGAGAGGAGGGCCAGAGUCAGCCUGCCCGGGCCAACCAGGACUCUGAUGACAGUGACGACGAUCCUAUUCUCAUCCCAUCAACGAGGUUCAGAGGUCAGGGUCAGAGAUUAAAUUCCAGAGGAUCUGCAGUAGGAGAUAGGAUGAUCAGACGCUCAGCAGCCGCUCGUAUCCAGGAGCUGUUUCGCAGGAGGAAAGAACGAAGGGAGAUGGAGGAGAGCGAGACCCAGAAUAUCAGGAGACCCUCAGUCAAGAUGGUCUAUAAAGGCCACCGCAACUCCAGGACAAUGAUAAAGGAGUCCUGUUUUUGGGGCAACAACUUUGUGAUGAGCGGCUCGGACUGCGGCCACAUCUUUAUCUGGGACAGACACACGGCAGAGCACCUCAUGUUGCUGGAAGCGGACAACCACGUGGUGAACUGCCUGCAGCCGCACCCCUACGACCCCAUUCUGGCUUCUUCAGGGAUAGACUAUGAUAUCAAGAUUUGGUCGCCACUGGAACAGUCAGCAUCUUUCAACAGAAUCCUGGCUAAUGAGGUAAUAACUCGGAACGAGCUUAUGCUAGAGGAAACUAGGAACACAAUCACAGUCCCGGCUUCUUUCAUGCUCCGAAUGUUGGCCUCCCUAAAUCACAUCAGAUCAGAUCGACUAGAAGGUGAUCGCUCUGAAGGUUCAGGACAGGAAAAUGAGGAUGAGCAGUAGCCUGCUGGCAAUGUAUUUUAAAGAAAACAUUUUUUUCUUGCUGUAUAGCACUUGAAAAAAACCUGAGAUUUGUACAAGUAUAGUGUAGAAUACUAAUUAGUGUCAUUUCUAGCCCCCCUGUGUUUUUUUAAGAUGACUUUCUUACUGAUGUUUCUGUAUGAGGAUAAACUACAUCUGUGUGAAUGCAACAGGCAAGGAUGUCAGUAAAUAUAUAUUAAGUGUGAGAAUAAUGGUGGCUGGUGUGCAAGGAUGUUAAGUGCAAUAUUAUUUUGUUAGGAGAAAGUGAGCUUUGAUCAGUGUUAACGUGUGACAUUUUGAAUUUGUAGCACAAAGCUAAAAAAUGUUGAUGUCCUGCUCCGGCAGUUGCGCAUGUAAACAAGGACUUUAAGUAAAAACAUACUUGGAGAAUGCUUUAAUUUUAUUGUUAAAGAGAGAAAAAAAGAAGUUGUGGUUCUUCUCCCCAAAGGGACAUGCUAACAUUAUAACCUUUUACAUAAUUUGGAAGAAAUAAAUAAGGCUAUGUCAUCUCAAA